CUACAGUAACAGAAAGUAAUUCAGUAUCGCGUAUGACCUUGUCAUCUGAUAGCAGUAAUACCCAAAGUUUGACCAUCACAGUGACGUGUGCAUAUCCAGCAGUUUCACUUGACUUGUCCUUCGUGCCGACUGGAGGGGGUAAUGAGGAGAAUGCCCCAUCGUCAACAUCAACAUGUACCUCUACUGGUAACACAGGGUGUUCUGACACAGAUGCCAACAGUUACACCUGUGUCAUUACACCACAACAUGAGGCAACUCUAUCAGCUGGUACAACAUACCAUAUCAAGGCAGCAGUUAAGUUAGACGGGUUGUCUAUUGGAGUAGACAUCACCAUCAAUGGCACAGAUAUAACAGUGCAAGCAAUCACUACCACUACCACUCCAGGUAGGUUAUCAUCAGUUACUCGUUAAUUUACCUGAACCUUUGUAUACUUUUGUAUUGAUACCUACAGGUAUGACAUUGUACGCAGAACACAUGUACAGUCAAGACACACAUCAGAAACUUCACUCAUUAAUUAUGUAACAAUAAUUCAUAAAAUGAUCAAAUGAACAUAUAUUCAUUUUUGAGAAUUUUUCUUUACAAGAGAUCUUAAAUUACUUGACUGGAAGACCCAGCUGUGGUCUUAGUACAAUUUGUCAGAUCCUUGUAAUCAUACUUCAUCCUUUGUUGCUUUGUUGAAAUGUGUUAAAUCUAUAUAUAAUGUAUACGUAUGCUGUAUGUCCUUGAAGGAUAUUUAAGCCACCACAGCUUUUCUGCAUCACUUUGAAUAAUAGACAUGUAAUGAAAAGAUUUUGGAUGAAGAGUUUGAAAAGUAGCGAGUACGUAAAAUUAUGAUGAGGAUCAUUUAAUAAUAAUCUUUGAUUAAUUACAUUAUGAUCUCAAUAUAAUGCAAACCUCGUAUCAAAGAAAACAUUUAUGAUCAAUGCAAUCAAAUGUUAUUGUCGACUAAUAUAAUAUACUUUUGCAUUAAAGUUAAAAUGUUUGCUUCUCCCUCUAAUUUCAUCCCUGUGUCUGAUAAAAUACCAGUGUGUUGAUCUGUAUAAGAUUAUCAUUAAAACCAAGAUAUAUAUUCUUCUCUUAUCAACAGAUGGCAUUUGUUUAUAUUUACUAAUACUAAGGCCUAUAGCUAUGUGACAUUAGAAAUAUUAAUGUCUGUGACUUAGGUAAUUUAUACUAAUUAAGGCCUGCAACAUUCAGAAUUAUAAAGGUGUGACCUUAAGAUAAACUGUUAUCAAGAUACAUGUCAAUCAUCUUCUCUAAUAAAGAUACCUGUCAAUCAUCCUCUCCUAUAAAGAUACCUGUCAAUCAUCCUCUCCUAUAAAGAUACCUGUCAAUCAUCCUCUCCUAUAAAGAUACCUGUCAAUCCUGCUCUCCUGAACCAUCGAUUUAUGAUAUUUCAUGCAUUUUAUCUAAAUGUUUAAUUUAUCAAUCACUACCACUACUACUACCUCUACCACUUCCACUACCACUCCAGGUAGGUUAUCAUCAGUUACUCGUUAAUUUACCUGAACCUUUGUAUACUUUUGUGUUGAUACCUACAGGUAUGACAUUGUACUUAGAACACAGACAAGACAUUUAUAAAAUAUUCAAAUGAACAUAUAUUCAUUCAAAGUAAUUUUUUUAAGAGGGCUGUGGUCUUAGUACAAUUUGUCAAAUCCUGGUAAUUAUACUUUUCUCCUUUGUUGAAAUAUGUUGCAAGUAUAUCUCCGGAAACUAGAAACUAGUUUGAUGCUUCAGUGUAUGUAUUGACCGGACUGCAAUAAGUCUGUGUUUCUGGUUUUGCUCUGAAAAUGUUUGGAAUCAGUUGAUUUGCAAACAGUUUUGUUUCAUGAGUAUCUUUAUCAUUUGGGUCAUGUAAAAAAGAAAAAGAUCUUUUCCUCUUUUACGAUGCUUGUUUAUAAUGACCUUUACAACAUGGUUGUCAAACAUCAGAUAAUGAAUAAAGUAAUGCAGAAAGGGAGCAUGUAUUAGUGAGCAGUGAAAUAUUUUGGUUUUGACCUAAACUUAGGUCGUGACCUUGGCAAUACCAGGGAUUUGACCUUGGCAACACUGAGGUUAGAUUGGAAUCUUGGCAAUAGUAAGGAUGUGACCUUGGCAGCUCUGAGGUUAGGUUAUGACCUUGGCAAUACUAGGGAUGUGACCUUGAUAGCACUGAGGUUAGAUUGUGACCUUGGCAAUACUAAUGAUGUGACCUUUAUAGCACUGAGGUUAAAUCGUGACCUUGGCAAUACUAGGGAUUUGACCUUGGCAACACUGAGGUUAGAUUGGAAUCUUGGCAAUAGUAAGG